AUGAAAAACCAAACCGGACUUCUUCAUAAAACAAAAAGAAAACCUAGUGUUUUAGCAGUGCCACAAACUGUAUAUCUUGGAUUGGAAUUAGAUUAUGAUGAGGUCAAUCAACAAAAAAUAGUUUAUGCUGUUACUAUACAUGAUGGAUAUUAUACAAUUGAUUUUGAAUCUUCUUCAGUGGAUGUUUCCAAGUAUGAAACGGACCAAGAAAAAGUCAACGGAGCCAUUGACAUAAUAUUUAGAAAUAUUACUUCAUAUGCUAGAUCUCAAAAUUUCAAGAUUCAAGCUAUAGGUCUAGGUGCCUAUUUAAAAAAUCAAAAUGGAAAAAAUAUAAAAAAGUUAUUGUUCACAUCACCUACUUUAGCAUCAAGAAUUUGGUUAGAACUUGAUGCAUUACCAUUCAUUGUCCAUACAAAAGGUAGGACUGUUGAUGAGAGGGCUAGUUCUGCUGUUAGAAAAACUGUUGUUUGGAUGAGUCCUCUAACACCAGGAUCAAUUCCAAGAAUAUCAGUUGGUUAUAGGCAUGAAGUAGAAGUUGAUAUUAAUGGAAUGAUCAAAUUGGUUGAUUUGCUUCAUUAUGAAAAAACUGUUUGCCCUGAAACCUGGAGAGUAAUAAAUACAAUUGCAAAUGAGCUCAGAGCUAAAAAAGUUCGUGUAUCAUUUUUUAAUGCCACUCCUCAAGGUGGUGGAGUUGCUUUGAUGAGACAUGCACUUAUACGUUUAUGUCUUUUAUUGGAACUUGAUGUACAUUGGUUUGUUGCCAAACCAAAACCUGAAAUUUUUGAUAUCACAAAAAGAAAAUUCCAUAAUGUUCUACAGGGUGUUGCUCCACCUGAUGUUAGAUUAACAAAACUUGAUAUGGAAAGAUUCAUUGAUUGGUCUAAUACUAAUGCCGAAUGCUUUUGGAGUGAUGAUGAGGGUCCUAUAAAAAAUAGUGAUGUGAUAAUUAUAGAUGAUCCACAAGUUUGUGGUAUUAUUCCACACAUCAAAGAACUUAAUCCAACUUGUAAAAUUAUUUAUAGAAGUCAUAUUGAAAUUUGUGCAGAUUUAAUCAGAGACAAUCCAAAUGGUCCACAAGCUGAAACUUGGAAUUUUUUAAAUCAAUACAUAUCACAAGCUGAUAUUUUUGUAUCUCAUCCAAUUGCAAAUUUCAUACCAGAUAAUGUUGUAUUGCUUCCAGCUUCCACAGAUCCAUUAGAUGGUUUAAAUAAAGAAUUAAAAGAUUCAGACAAAGGAUAUUAUAAAUUAAUUUAUAAUCGUUUAUCAAAUGAUCAUUGUGGUGUAGUAAUAGAUUUUCAGAGGCCAUAUAUUGUUCAAGUUGCUAGGUUUGACCCAAAGAAAUUGAAAAAUACAGGUUGGAAUAACUAUGGAAUGCCCUCAUUAAUUAUAUGUGGUGCUGGUAGCAUAGAUGAUCCUGAUGGUACAUUAAUAUAUGAACAAACUCAUUCUUUGUUAAAAGAAAGUAUAUAUCAAGAUAUAGUUGAUGAUAUAUCAGUUGUAAGAUUACCACCUUGUGAUCAACUUUUUAAUACAAUGUUAAGAUGUGCACAUGUUGUAUUACAAUUAAGUACACGAGAAGGAUUUGAAGUUAAAGUCACUGAAGCUUUGGCAAAAGGUGUACCUGUUGUAGCUUUUAAGGCUGGUGGUAUACCACUACAAAUUCGUCAUGGAGAAACUGGUUUUUUAGCUGAUGUAGGUAACACUAGUCAAGUUGCUGACUAUUUAUAUCAAUUAUUCAAUGAUGAUGGCCUUUAUAAGAGAAUGUCACAAGCAGCAAAGACAACAGUCAAUGAAGAAUACUUUACAGUAUUUCAAACUUUAAAUUGGUUAUAUCUUAUAAAUCAAAUGAGUAAUAGUAAGGAAUCAAAAAAUAUUAGUAAUGAUGAUGAUCAAGAAGAACCCAAUAAAAUUAAAAAGACUGAAGAAGAAGGGGAAGUUUUUGUGGGUGAUGGUAAAUGGGUGAAAGAAUUAUGGGCUGAAAAAUACAAUUACAAAGGAAAAAAUAUGACUAACGGUGUUUGUUAUUGA